AUGUCUCAUUUCAUUAGUAAUUAUGAUUGUCUACUUUCUUCUAAUGAUGAGUUAGAAACAAUUGUAACUGCCUUUUCAAUUGAAGAUUCAUUGGAUGAUGAAGAAGGUUCGCGAUCACAAAUCAUUCUCGGCAAGCAACGACGUCGACGUGCGUUUAUUAGGAGAAAUCCUUUGGAGGGUCACAUACGUCUCUUUAGUGACUACUUUGUUGAUGCAUCGGCAUAUCCUCCUAGUAUAUUCAGGAGGAGGUUUCGGAUGAAUCGUGACCUCUUUCUUCGAAUUCUUAACAAUGUGGAGAAUCAUGAGCCAUACUUCGUUCAAAGAAGAAGUGUUAUUGGAACUCUUGGGCUUUCUUCUUUACAAAAGGUGACUGCCGCCUUGAGGAUCCUUGCUUAUGGAGUUCAAGCUGAUCUCAUGGAUUAG